CCCGCGCUGUGCGCAGGCCAGACCUCCGCACCCCGGCGGCGGGGGCGGCCAUGCUCGUGCCUCUGCGGCUGCUCUAGGACGGUGGAGGGCGCCGCGUCUCUGUGGUCCUCCUUUCUCGCCCUAGGAGGGAGCUGAGAGAGGUCUGGUUGUCCCCAAGACACUGACUGCUCCCCGGCUCCGCUAUCGCGAUCAGGAAAGCAGGAGGCUACGGAGGAGGGUUUGGAAAUCAGACCACCCCUUCUUGGAAAUCAGUCCACCUCGCUGCACCCUAGUAUGUAUGGAUGCUGCUACAGGUAGCACAUACUUCACUUAACUGCACCUGUCCAUGUCUCUGCCUCCCUUUACUGGUUUCUACAUUCCCAGGGAGCAAAUUACAUCCUUGACAUAAUCAUCUCUGUGGCUCUAAAUGCGCCUAAUGUCUAGUCCCCAACCUUUCCGGGACUCUUAGAUGGCCAAUGUUACAUGUUUAGAUUCCCUAAACACACCCAAUCAGACAACGGUGGGCAGUAAAAGCCAUUCUGAUGAGGUUUCAGACAGAAAUGAAAGACGUGUUAGUGACAAACUAGAGGAAAAGCCAUCUUGCUAUAAAGUGGCAAGGAAGUUGACUGAAUUGUGUUCAUGUCCCAGUAUUUUGUGGAAGGAGGAACUCAUGAUCAAUGAAAUAGGAUACUUGGCAGAAGAAAUCUCUAAGCAAAAUAUCGAGGGUUGUGGCAUGGCUUCUUUUGACUGCUUAUCUAAAAUGCAAAAUGAAAGAAACAAAUUAAAGAUGGAGUUUAUCCUUAAAAGAGAAGCAGAACUUAGAGAUUUGAAAAUGUCUCAGUGUGGCUAGGUUGCAAAAAAUGAAAAAGCAUGUUCUGGAGAGAACACCAAAAGUGUGGCCUCUGAUAAGGAGGGAUAGAGAGAAGCCAGAUGCUAUUCAUCAAAACAGAGGAAGAGUGAUCCCAAAGGCAUUUCUGAGAUCUUCCUGGCUGUCCUCCCAUCACAAGCCCAGAAUGCCAGAGCCAGGGAAGCACAACAAUGUCAAGGCUCUGCUCCUGCAUUCCAACUUAGGGUUCUUGGCUUCCCCAGCUGUGGCACAGGUAGGCCCAAAUGCUGCUUGGACUGCCCCUGCAGAAGGCAUAGGAAAACUAUGGCAGCGUCGCGGUGCUAACUCUGCAAAUGCACAGAGUGCAAGAGUUGUGCGGGCAAGGCUUCCUCAACUAAGAUUUCAAAGGAUUCCCCAGGGAAGCUCAGGGCCCCCGGCAGAGAAGAUCCCAGAUCAGCAUGCAGCUCCAGCUGGGAGAGCCACAGGCAUGAGACUCCGAGCCACGAGAGCUGCCUCAUGGGCUGCAACCAGCAAAGCUGUUGGGCAAUGGGCUAGGCCACCUCGGAGUCAAUGGCCCAGCGUUCUCCUUGAUCUGCAGCUGGGAACUGGCCUGGCAGUCCACAGAAGCGAUUCCGGGUCAGCUUACCUCAGUGCCCCAAGCCCGGGCAGCUAUCAAGCAGCACCUAUAAGGCACUACUAUUACUCCCAUUUCACAGAGAACGUGUGUCUGUCCGGGCGUCACCGCGGGAGCGUGGCCAUGGUGCUCUGGAGCCUGGCGCUGGGAGCUCUGCUGCUGGUCACGGUGCUGUACCUGUGCCUGCCAGGGCUUCUCCGACAACGCGGGCCCCAGGAGCCCCCUCUGGACAAGGGCACAGUGCCCUGGCUGGGCCAUGCCAUGGCUUUCCGGAAGAAUAUGUUUGGAUUCCUGAAGCGCAUGUGGACCAAGCACGGGGAUGUGUUCACAGUGCAGCUGGCAGGCCAGUACUUCACCUUCGUCAUGGACCCCCUCUCCUUCGGUCCCAUCCUCAAGGAAACACAGAGGAAACCACAUCCAAAAUUUGAAAACGGCCUGGUACAAAAGGUAUUUGGAUACUAUGCAGAGGGAAAGAACAAACAGAAGAUCCACCUGGCUAGCCAGAAGUACCUGAUGGGGCAUGACUUGGAGGAUCUCAAUGAGGUCGUGGUGGACACCCUGUCCCUGAUAAUGCUUGGGCCCAAAGGCCGAAGUCUGGAUGCCAGUGGCUGGCGUGAGGAUGGCCUCUUUCACUUCUGCUAUAACACCACGUUCAAGGCUGGCUACUUGAGCUUGUUUGGCCACACGAAGGACAAGGAGCAGGACCUGCGACAGGCAGAGCAGUUAUUCACCCACUUCCUCAGGUUUGACCACUUUUUCCCCAGGUGUGUCUAUUCCCUGCUGGGGCCCCGAGAGUGGCUAGAAAUGGGCCGACUGCAGCGUUUCUUUCCCAAGAUGCUCUCUGCUAAACACAACCAGGAGAAGGGACACGUAAGCAAGUGGCUAUGCUGCAUGCGUCAGUUUCUGAGGGAGCACGGAGCAGCCCCAGACAUGCAGGACAGGUUCAGCUUCAUGACGCUCUGGGCCUCCCAGGCAAACAAAGGCCCUGCAGCUUUCUGGGCCCUCCUGUUCCUCCUGAAGCACCCAGAAGCCAUGCAGGCUGUGAAGGAGGAGGCCUCCCAGGUCCUGGGUGGGGCGAGGCUGGCGGCUGGACAGUCCUUCCCCUUGCAGCGGGGUGCCCUGCGCUGCACCCCGGUGCUGGACAGUGUGAUGGAGGAGACGCUGCGGCUGCGGGCUGCGCCCACGCUCUGCAGGGCUGUGAGCGAGGACUGCAUGCUGAAGACGGCCAGUGGGAAGGAGUACCUGUGCCGGCGCGGGGACAUCGUGGCCCUCUUUCCCUACCUGUCAGUGCACAUGGACCCUGACAUCCACCCUGAGCCCACGGCCUUCAAGUACGAUCGCUUCCUCAACCCUGAUGGCAGCCGAAAGGUAGACUUCUACAAGGCGGGCAAGAAGAUCCCCCACUACACCAUGUCCUGGGGCUCGGGCCUCUCCAUGUGCCCUGGGAGGUUCUUCGCCCUCAGCGAGAUGAAGCUCUUUGUCCUGCUCAUGGUCACACACUUUGACCUAGAGCUAGUGGACCCUUACAUGCCUGUGCCCCAAGUUGACCCCACGCGCUGGGGCUUUGGUGUGAUGCACCCCAAUCACGACGUGCGCUUCCGCUACCGCCUGCAGCCUGCAGAGUGAGCUCCACAAGCCCGG